CAAUCCCUCUUUCACCCACUGCUUUGGAUUACAGAGCUCCAAGAUGAUGGUAAUGGCGAAUCGAAGAUUGAUGAAAACCAGUUUGGCUUCAGCUGUCAGAAGCUUCCACUUUCCACUGCCAUGGGAAUUGGGUAACGUUCAAUCUAGAUCAACUUCCACUCACACACAUCAAGAUGCAAGCUUCACAUCUAAAUUCUGUUUUCGGCUUCUUUUGGGGACGUUGAUGAUUCCCUAGCUUCCAUUAAUCACGUCAUUCUUAUCCAUGCUAUGCCUUCUAUUGUUCAACUUGGUCCAUUUUUAUCUGCUCUCAUGAGAAUGAAACAAUACCACUCUGUCCUUUCCUUGUCUACAGAAAUUGAGUAUCUAGGAAUUUCACACAAUGUUCAUUCUCUUUCCAUCUUGAUUAAUUGUUUCUGCCGCUUACACCAUCUGGAUUUUGGCUUCUCACUUUUAGGCAAAAUCCUCAAAAUUGGACUGGAGCCUAACAUUGUGACGUUUAAUACUUUAAUUAAUGGUCUCUGUAUAGAGGGUAAGAUCAAUCGAGCAGUAGACCUUUUCAACCAUAUUGUUGAGAGAGGUUAUCAGCCUGAUGUUCAUACUUACAGCGUGAUAGUAAAUGGUCUGUGUAAAUGUGGGAAUACAAAUGUGGCUAUUGAGGUGCUGAAGGAAAUGGUUGAGAGAGGCUGUGAGCCAAAUGCUGUAACAUACAAUACAAUCAUUGAUUCCCUUUGCAAAAAUGAGCUAGUUGCUGAGGCAUUGGACAUCUUAUCUCAAAUGAGGAGUAAAGGCAUUUAACCUGAUUUUAUCAAUUACAAAACUUUAACUCAUGCUCUUUGCGAUUUAGGCAAGCAGAAUCAAGCUUUGGCUUUGUUGAAAGAAAUGGUGCGGCAUAACAUAUCGCCAGUUAUUGUUACUUUCAAUAUAUUGAUCGACUCUCUUUGUAAGGAAGGAAUGAUUUCAAAGGCCCAAAGUAUGAUUAACACAAUGAUUCAAAGAGGUGUGGAGCCUGAUGUUUUCACUUACAAUCCAUUGAUUGAUGGAUAUUGUAUGCUAAGCCAAAUGGAUGAAGCUAGAAAAAUAUUUGGUUUGAUGGUAAGACAUGGCAUAGCUAAUGUUUUUAGCUACAACAUUUUAAUUAAUGGAUAUUGUAUGAGCAAAAGGACUGAUGAAGCGAUGAAACAUUUUAUGAAAUGCCUCAAAAGGGUUUAAUUCCUGACUCUAUUACUUAUACUACUCUUAUAAAGGGCUUGUGGGAAGUAGGGAG